AUGACGAUUUUGAUAUUCAGAUGGUGGUGCUCAAAAUAGGAAAAUGUACGACUUACCUUGUCACUUUGUAGUAUUUAACCAAUUGAAGUGGAAAGUCUGAGAUUCAGAGUUUAAGGAAAAAAGAAGGAAGUUGAAGGAAAAUGA